GAAGAAGAAGAAGAUAGCGACCGACCCUAUCCUAAGAUGAAACUCUCACGAUUCAUAAAAAGAGAUGGUUGCAUGAUGAGGAUGCUGUGCUUUGAGGACAGCAAAUGAGACCCAGUUCCAGUGCUGAGCUCUGAGAUGAACCAGUGCCCUCCCCAUCUAGUGUCUCUUUACCAGCUGAAGAGAUUGUCAGUGCGACUGGUCGACUGCUGCACAAAACCAGGUCAGCAAGGAGCAAAUGACAAGAGAUUGUAUCUUGCACAAAAGCGCAUCAUAAAAAAUACCAUGGAUGAUGUUCCAGAGAGUACAGAAGAGAGCUCAGCAAGCAGAGGGAAGGUUUCAUCACACGAUAAGACGGCGCAUACCAACUCCCCUGUCGGCAAUGCCCAAGCCAGUACAUCUGAAUUAGAAAAUGAUGCUACAUCUUUUGACCUUCCAAAUCAGAGUUCCCCUGGCCAGGAUGAUGUACCACAAAGUGAUGAUGAGGACGAUGUACUACAAAUGGUCAGAGAGAAGAAUGAGAAAAAAAGACUGUACAAUAAAAGACAAUACUGUCUCUACUGCAAGAAACCUUACGCUAAAAUUUCUAAACAUCUAGAACAGAAGCACUCCAAGGAACCUGAUGUGGCAAGGGCAAUUGGAUUUCCUAAGAACUCGAAAGAGAGACAGUUGCAUCUGAAACUCCUUCGUAACAGAGGGAAUUUGGCACACAACACUAAGGUCGUACAAACAGGAGAAGGGAAUUUGGUACUAUGCAAGACACCAAAACAUGGGAUGCAGACACAAGACUUUGCACCUUGUACAUUCUGCCAGGGAUUGUAUAAAAAAAAGGUCUUAUGGCGACAUGUGAGGAUGUGCGAGUUUAGGCCAGAUGAUGUCACAGCGUUUGCGAACCCUGCUGUCGGCAAUGCCCAAGCCAGUACAUCUGAAUUGGAAAAUGAUGCUACAUCGUUUGACCUAUCAAAUCAGGGUUCGCCUAGCCAGGAUGAUGUGCCACAAAGUGAUGAUGAAGAUGAUGAUGAUGAUGAUGAUGAAGUACAACAAAUGGUCAGUGGUUCUGGCUCUGAGAAGAAUGUGAAAAAAAGACUGUACAAUAAAAGACAAUACUGUCUCUACUGCAAGAAACCUUACUCUAAAAUUUCCAGACAUCUAGAACGGACACAUUCUAAAGAACCUGAUGUGGCAAGGGCAAUUGGAUUUCCUAAAAACUCGAAAGAGAGACAGUUGCAUCUGAAACUCCUUCGAAACAGAGGGAAUUUGGCACACAACGCUAAGGUCGUACAAACAGGAGAAGGGAAUUUAGUAGCAUGCAAGACACCAAAGCAUGGGAUGCAGACGCACGACUUUGCACCUUGUACAUUCUGCCAGGGACUAUUCACAAAAAAGGUCUUAUGGCGACAUUUGAAGAUAUGCGAGUUUAGGCCAGACGAUUUCAAAGCCAGACCAGGUAGAAACCGAGUGCGGCCUCUGUGUGCUCUACCACUUAUCAAGACGGACAUCAGUCACUUCCAGAAAGACUUCCAAGAAGUGGUGAACCAAAUGACCCCAGAUCAGGUCUCCAUUGAAGUGAUGAAAGACAAAAACAUAAUGAGGUUUGGACAUCAAUUGUACAGGAAACAUCGUAGCAGUGAUAACAAGGAUCGGUUCAUUAGACAAAGGAUGAGAGAGCUCGGAAGACUCCUCUUGAGUGCUAAGAAAGUGACAAAGAAUCUCAAAACCUUAAAUGAUCUAAUCAAGCCAAAAAACUUCAUGCAAACUGUGAAGUCCGUGAAGGAUGUUGCUGGCUGUGUGGAAAAAACGAACACGUAUAAAAGCCCAACACUUGCCCUGAAUCUAGGGGACAGUUUAUCAAAGAUUGCAGAACUUGUUGAAAGCAAUGCACGUAUCGAAGGUGACUUGGACACUGCUGAAGCUGCUGGACAAUUCCGCCAUAUCUACAAUGCCAAGUGGAAUGAACUAGUUUCAGCCGCUGCCAACAGGACCCUUGAAAUGGCACAGAACCCGGGGAACUGGGAUUCUCCUCUAGUUCUGCCUUUUACAGAUGAUGUGAGAAAGUUACAUUCAUAUCUAGAUGAUAAGUCACAGGAGUACUACAAGGCCUUAUCUACAAAUGCUAGUACUGAGAAUUGGGCAAACCUUACAAAGGUCACUUUGACCAAGAUAAUAUUGUUCAAUCGUUGGAGAAGUGGGGAAGUGUCUAAAAUGUUGCUCUCCAGUUUUAUUGUGAUCGAUCAAUCAGAACCAAAUUCAGAAGUAAUCGCAGGGCUCUCGAGCUUGCAACAGAAGCUAUGUAAUCACUUUCAGAGGUUGGAAAUACGAGGCGACUGUGACAGAAAAUUUGCCCUUCUUCUUACUCCAGACAUGUGCAAAUCACUAGAGCUCCUUGUGGAAAAACGGGAUGCUUGCGGGGUUGAGGAUGACAAUCCUUACUUCUUUGCAAGACCAGCUGGGGCGUCCUUCUUCCGUGCAUCUUACUGUUUACGGCACUAUGCUGUAGCGUGUGGUGCUAAGAGUGCAGAUAAUUUGUGCUCCCCAAAGUAUCGAGACCGAGUUUGGACCAUCUCGAAGGUGCUGAAUCUGACCAGCACCGAACUGAAGCAGUUUCUUGGUUUUCCCAUUCCAAUCGUCCACGAACAGGUCUAUCAUCUACCUGAGGGCACCUUGCAACUUGCUAAAAUAUGCAAAGUUUUACUGGCUUUUGAAAGGGGACGGCAUGCAGAGUUACAAGGAAAGACGCUAGAUGACAUCUACAUCGACUCCGAUGAGAAAGUAUGGAAAGUUGUGGAGGAAGAUGAGGAUGAUGAGACCGAUACUGAACCGGGAAUGAACGGUGGCCAUGAAGACCAAAUGGUAACCAUGGCUCAGUCUGUAUUAACACGGAACGCUAGUAAUGCCAUUCCAGGCUAUUCCAGGCAAGGUCAAUCAGCACCAAGAAAAUGGAACAGAGAUGUGAAGAAAUGUAAGCCGGCCUCCAUAUCCCUGAAGAACAAGUAUUUAAAGGGCAGGAGGCUGGUCAGAGAGAAGAGGAGUGAGGCCGCUGCAAAAGACUGUGAUGGGCAGCAGUUCUCAUUCAUGGGCCUCUUGGAGAACGUAGGAGAAGAAACGGUUACGGCCUCUUACAUGUCACAGUCCGAGCCAUCAUUCCAAUCCUUCUCCCAGCCCCUGUCACAGAGUGUGUCUCAAUCCCAAUCCCAGUCAGAGUCAUGGUUUGAGCCCCUAUCUCACUUCACACAACAGGCUACAUCAGUUGACCAGAACUAUCCUCUCCAGCCCCAAUCCUCACCACAGUGUCAGUCUACACCAGGGGCGGUAAUGGAGGGGCCGUCCACAGCCACGGCUCCACAGGGCCCUGGGAGGAGGAGAACUAGACCAGACCAGGGACAGAUGGACAGUUUUGAGAGUAGUGUAAUGUCUGUCAUCCAGCAGAACAUGGAUGAAGAGACCCUCUUUCUGUUGAGCCUGGCUCCUCGUCUUUGUGGUCUACCGGGGGAGAAAAGGACCCAGGUGAAAAUGGAUUUCCUGGCCAGCUUACAAAGGGCUGAGUUUCCGGGAUGAAUUGGUUUUCAAGUGGACUUGGUUUUCAAGUGGACCUUUUUAGUACUUUAUGGUCAUGUGUUGUGAUAAUUCAUGGUAUAUUUUUUACAUGCUGCUCUCAUGCAUACAAUGCCCCUCCAGUGUCCUAAAUGGCGGUAAUAUGUCUCUGCCUCAGUUACAAGGGAUAGUUUGAGCUCCACUCGAACACAACACUCUGUAAGUAUUUAUUUAAUGGGAAAAUAUGGAACUCUAUGUCAGAGGUCUGUGAUGAGAGUGGUAUUGAAUUUUGUAAAAUAGCUGCCAUAGACCAUAUAUCUGAAUUUAUAGUUUAUUUUUCUUUCAGGUGAGCCUAUGGGGCAACUAUGUUUAAUCUUAUUAUUCAAUCUUGUAUUAACACUACUUUCAUUCUUUUAUUUUUGAGCUUUUUCACAUUUUAUUUUUGGUUUUGUUACUGGUACUUUUUGUAUAUCUGUAUGAAACGCGCUAUACAAGUAAACUUGCCUUGUGUACAA